ACCAAAACCAGAAACAAAAACAACAUCCAGAUUCAAAUCUAAAAUGCAUUACACCAAAGCCCAUAUAUAUAUCAAGCUUUAGAAUAAAUAACCCACCAUUUUGCUUUUUGCUUUACUUUCAACAAUUAGAGACAGAAUCUCUCAUACCGGCAUCUCUUUGGAUGGUCAUCUAUCCACAAUGGCCCACGUCCCGAGAUCAGAUCAGUCCCAGCACGACGCGCAGGUCGUCUCGGAACACCUCCCGUCUGGCUACACGGCCGUAUUCGACGGGGCGCCCCGCGCUUCUUCCCCUUCGUCUGCUUGCGCGUCGUCGUCUUCGAAUCCGGACCCGGCAGACCAAGACCUGGGCGAAUCCUCGCUGAAGCUUCAGGGGGGUGACAUACACCGAGACCUCUUCAAGACCGCCGCGAGGGCGAAGAUGCAUAAGCGAGCUGCAACCUUCCACCUCCCCAAGGAUCUUACCGGGGAACCUGGACCCGACGGCGGCUUGACCGUAAGCGACCAUUUGGCCCCGGGAGGCUUUCGUAGAGCCUUCAUCCGGCAGAAGAAGCAGAGCGAUAUCUGGGCCUCCAGGGUUCCCGUAACUCGGAACUUCGUGGAAUUCCUCGAACUGUAUGGUAGUUUUGCUGGAGAGGACCUUGCGGACUCGGAUGAUGACGAGGCAAUACUUUCCGAGGAGGAGGGAGUAGAAGAAGGACGAGAAGAAGAGGGCUGGGAGCAGCAGCCGAGCGAAACGAGCCCGCUUCUUAGACAGCGGAGGGUCUCGCGCGCUCCACGCUACGCUACCGCCAGCACAAAACAGACCUUCUUUACCCUAUUGAAGGCUUUUAUUGGAACCGGUAUUAUGUUUCUUCCCAAAGCUUUUAACAAUGGCGGCAUCUUGUUUUCCUCUCUCACCAUGCUGGUUAUUUCCGCAGUUACCAUGUUGGCGUUCCACUUGCUUCUUGCCUGCAAGAAAAAAUACGACGGUGGUUACGGAGAGAUCGGCCACGCGAUAGCAGGGCAAUUCAUGCGCGGCUUGAUAUUAUUCUCCAUCGCCAUGUCGCAAUUGGGCUUCGUCUGUGCCGGCAUGGUGUUUGUCGCGGAGAACAUGACGUCGUUCCUGAAAGCCGUUUCGCACGGGGACAGCAGUCCGUUAUCCCCUACGUUUCUAAUCCUCAUACAGCUCAUCAUUCUCAUACCCCUGGCGUUUAUUCGGAGAAUAGCAAAACUCGGCCCUGUUGCCCUUCUUGCUGAUGUUUGCAUCUUGAUCGGUGUAACUUACAUCUAUUAUUAUGACAUUGCGCACUUGGCAUCUAAUGGCAUUCAUGAAAGCGUCGUUUUAUUCAACCCUGCAAAGUACACCCUCACAAUCGGGGCAGCUAUCUUCACUUUCGAAGGUAUUGGGCUCGUUCUUCCGAUCCAGUCGUCGAUGACCAAACCGGAGCGCUUCGAGUGGCUUCUCGGCGUAGUCAUGUUCCUCAUUACCAUCCUCUUUACUGCUGUCGGUGCUCUUUGCUACGCUACGUUCGGUGAAAACACGGAAAUUGAAAUCAUCAACAAUUACCCCCAAGACAGCAAGUUUGUCAAUGCGGUGCAGUUCCUCUACUCGCUCGCGGUCCUUGUUGGAACCCCCGUCCAGCUAUUCCCCGCCAUCCGUAUCAUGGAAGGUAAAAUAUUUGGCUCCCAUUCGGGCAAGAAGAGUACCCGCACGAAGUGGAUCAAGAACGCUUUUAGGACGGUAGUCGUCAUUGCCUGCGGAGGGUUUGCGAUCAUAGGCGCUUCUAACCUCGAUAGGUUCGUGGCGCUGAUCGGAUCUGUUGCCUGUGUCCCGUUGGUCUACAUCUAUCCGGCGUUUCUCCACUACAAAGGCGUCGCGGAAACGUGGAAGGCUAAAGCGGUAGAUAUCGUACUCAUGGUAGUUGGGGUUGUUGCUAUGCUGUACACGACAUUCGUCACCGUUAUCAACAGUUUCAUGGGCUAAGGCAUUGUCUAUUUUGGGGGCAUGGGUCUUGUUUGAGCUAUCAUUCCUUGGAUUGCGACGUAGCUGGAGACGCUUCUUAUCAAGAACCCCCCCACGGAUCUUUCGCGUCGCUGGCGCGAAACGUCACGACCGUCUUAUGCUUGUUUUCGGAGAGAUAAAGGGCCAAGUUCGGUCAUCUUCGGCAUCUUGUCAUGAUAAUCUUGAUAGUAACUCCUACGUAUCUGAUAUCCUUAUCAGCCUACUUGGUUGUUGAGUUGGGAAAUGUUCGAGACCACAUUCUUGACAAUCCACCCCGCAUGUAGAUAAGUCGACAUCCUGGUAGGUAAGAUAGGACUUGAGCAAGACUGGGGAGGAUCAAAAUACAUGGUUUCUCCUUUGGAUGUUGUUUUCUCUUACCGCCGGACGGUUCCCUCCCCUCCUAUGCAUGAAUCGUCUA